UUUAUAAAGCCCAGCAGCAUGCAGCCCGACUCCGCUAGUUAGUAUGUUUCCACGUUCUAAACAUUAUUUCAUACAUCGCACUGGUAACACAGUCGGCAGGCUGAGAUCUACUCACGCGUAACAACCGGUUUUGCAAAAUGCGCGGAGGUUGCGCGCUAGUAGCGCUUUGCAUAGUCCUGGCACCACAUGCCUUCGCACAACCAACUGAUGCCAUUGACGCAUUAUUUGCCUGGGUUCGUCAGCUUGGCGGGACGAUCAAUGCGGAGGUGAAGGUAAACAAGGAUGGCUUCCGAGGCCUCUUUGCGAGUCAGGACAUCCCUGAGAAUGGCACCAUCGCAAGUAUCCCUGCUGCGGCCAUCAUGAACGUUGGCGGCCUGAACGAAAGUUUUGCGGUGCCCACGCUCAUGGUGCUGCGUGAGUUCAAGGACCCCAACACCCGCUUCGCUCCGUACACGGCCAUGUGGCCGGCGCCGGACGGUCUGGUGAACUCGUGCAACAUGCAUGAGAAGUACAUUAAGAUGUGGAAGAGCGAGUACUGGGAGCGCAACCAGCGCGACUGGCAAUACCACCUGGAGUCGCUGCACAAGGGCACCCUCAACCCGGACAUUGAGUACACCAUUGCGGAGGUGGUGGGCAACACGCCCGUCAGCAUUGAAGACCUCCAGUACGCCUGCGCCAUUUCGUCCACACGCUAUGUGUCCACGUCGCGGCGGCAGCGGCUGCUCAUGGCGCCGAUCUUCGACCUGGCCAACCACGACCGCGACUGCCUGCACCUGCUAGGACCCUACGACGUUUCUGACUUCCUGACCUUCCUGGCGGGCGCACCCCUCAAGAAGGGAGACGAGAUCUGCUACAGCUACGGCGCGCUGCGUGACGAUUACGCUGUGGCGCACUACGGCUUCCUGCCCCGGCUGGAGUACCCUCCCCGACUGGCGCUGGUGGACCACCCCGACCAGGACCCCGCCAGCUACUCGCACGAUCAGCCGCCCUCGGAGCAGCCUUUCACAGGCACGCCCGAGGAGAUGCGUACUGAGAUGGAGCGGCUGCUGGCCAUCUACCGCCAGGUCAAGGCCCUGCCCGACUCGCUGCCGCCGCAGCCCAAGGGCACCGACUACACCUACGACCUGAUGAAGGAGCUGGAGGCGCGCCGCCUGGCCGCGCUGGAGUGGCACAUCAGCGACCUGGCGUCCAAGCUGGGCACCAAGGCGGAGCUGUGAGCUAGCUGGGCGAGCAACGGAUUGCGGUACCGGCUUGCAGUGCCUGCGCUGCGGUGUGCAUGGCGGGAUAGGAGCAGCAGGCUGCAUGGGGACCAGUAGGGGCCAGCGGCUACAUGUACGGUAUGAUUAGGUCUGGGCAGGCUGCGAGUGAGCCGAUCGUACUGUCUAGGCCAGCACUCGUCGCGUAUGUGCUCGAAUCGGCAAUGGGUGGUGGCGGGACUGUUGAGCGUGAGCGUCCGAGCAGAUGUGUGGGUUUCGGCGGCGCGACCUCCGCAACUCGAACGGCUUAAAAAUGUCUUGCUGCUUCGGCCCAUUGCCCAGGCAGCUUGCAACCGGUGUAGUGUAUCUGAUGGCUUCGAACAUCUCGACAGGCAGCAUCGUGGUCUAGGCAUGCUGCAUCUUGUAUCAGUCAUCGACUUGACUGCAGAUCACCACUUCGUCGCCUGGAUCAGUAUGAUUCAAUGGUAUGAAGAAUGCAAGCGAAUUUGCAUCUUGCUGUAAGAGACACAGUCAAUCGUGCAAGGGGCCUUGUACAGUGCAACCGGGCCGAGCUUGUGUCUGAGGCUCUGAGCAGCUCGUGUGAGCACGUGCGGACGUGCCAUGAGCGGUGUGCCUACUGUGCAAUCGAAGUGCAUUGGCACGAUUCUGUACGCGCGGACUUAGGGGAAUGCUGGUGUGCUACCAAUGCAACUGCCUAGGGCCGAGGAAUUUCAAGUUCUCUGGUACCCAACACUCGCACGGACUAUCCUUGCGUGCGGAGGAGGGGUGAAAGGUGCGUGUCACAGACCCCAUGCGGCUGCACUCCGGAGCUCACCAGCACAAUGGCACCCGCUAUCUGUUAUCCUAGCAUGACUUCAAGU